AGGUAGGAUUCCACCGCACGGCUCGCACAGAUAAGGGGGUGCAUGCGGCGGGCCAGCUGAUCUCUUUCAAGGCCAUCAUUAUCGACAACAUGAUCGAGGAGAUAAAUAAGCACCUGCCAGAACAAUUCCGUUUCUGGGAUUACACCCGAGUCACCAACGGCUUCAAUGCCAAGAACGCCUGCAAUGGACGUCAGUACGACUACCUCAUCCCCACCUACGUGCUUGCGCCGGGUAAAGACUUGGCCGGGCAUGACUACAGGAUAGACGGCGACGUACUGGAGCGUGUGAGGAGUAUUCUGAAGGAAUACGAGGGUACCCGUAACUUCCACAACUACACUCCCAGGAAACACUUUACGGAUUCCAGCGCAAAGCGAUACAUAAUGUCGUUCGGGGUAUGUGUGUGUGCACGGACGGAGAGCAAUCCCACCUGCCACGUGGUAACCGUUUGA